AAGACCGAUCUGCAAUCAUCUACAUCUUCAUCAGGCGGAUCCUUUUGUUGAGUCUUUCACCUAAUUAGAGGAACUUGGCAAAGAAAAAGAUGUUGUCAUCGUCGAGGUCAAGAACCAACGCUAAUUCGGGACGACCGAAUAGUGGUGGCGCAGCAUCUUUCGCCUCUGCCGUACCCAGUCGCAGCGCUAGUUUCCAGCACACGGCUCUUGCCGCGUCGUCUUUUCACUCUAUUCCACCCAGCAGCAGACCGCCUGCAGAUGUUGACGAGCGAGGCUCAGGCAGCAGUAAAAAUAGGAGAAACUGCCAGAAUUUAUCAUUAUCCCCCGAUAAAGGUCGCCAGCUUUCUGUGCGGCCGCGCCGUGGCCUUUCACGGUCCAGCACUUCCAGUAUGAUCAUAGAGGAAGGCCCGUCUGCAGCCUCGGACGCAAAACACGACGACGAUAUGACGACCUCUAGAAAUGCAUCAAAAUCAACCACACGAAAAAAACAGAAAAAGCCGAUCGGAUGCUUGAGCCGGCUGUUUCUCUCGGUGCUCGGGACGUUUCUGCCCUACCGGAUGCACCACCAACUGAAGCAGCAGAAAGCGGCGAAAAUUCUGAAGUGGUGGCAAUUAGCGCCGUUCGCGAUCACGUUGGUUGGCGCGCUCGGCUCGAGCGUAUUGGUUUUGUUCCGCCACUACAUGUAUCCUGUGCAAAAAUAUCGUGCAGCUCGUACGAGUUGCAAUCUCCCUUCUAAGGUAAAACACCAUUACAAAUUCCGCUUGUCUUCUUGCCAAAAUUUGUAAUGCAAUUUAUGCUAGUGCGAUAGCUUUGCAAUGCAGAACAUGCAAACCUGCCAGAUGGAGGCGGGACUGGCUUUCUUGGGAACCACCACCGCUUCUUCCAUCUACGGAUACCACGGGAGCAGCAGCACGCUCUCCAUCGGUAGUAGCACGACGCCGGCUCCGGGUUCCUCGGCGGUUCCUGGUACCACGACUGCCGAAGCAGUAGAUGCGCAAGCAACGAGAAGCCAGGUUCUUACUCGGCACAGAACCAGGAGGCGGAUUCUCGCGGAGGACCACACGAGCAAAAGUGUAGAAAGUGCAACAGCGCAUGAUCAUGUUGGUGUCCAUCCUCAGCUACAUCAUGCUGAAUUACCCUCCUCCGCCGUAGGGAAACAAGCCAGCUCAUCCAGCACGAGCACGACCACUUCCGCGAUCGACGCACGACUGGUUCUUGAUGCAGCGGCCUUGCAAAAUGAUAAUGAUCUUGCAGGUGGUACUAGUAGCGGCGAGACAGAGCAGUCUGAGAGAACAAGUACUUCUAUCGACAAUACAAGCACGACAGACACAGACGGUCCUCCGGAAAAUGAAAAUAAUCCACAAGUAGAUCACGGUGACCUCCCGCCGCACAGCCACGUCGGCCGCGCCUGUGGCAUGAACGCGGGAGAUUACGGCAACUUCCGCCAGGCGCACGAAGGCUGGAGCAUUUGCUCGGUGCGGAUGCUGGAACCUUUCUGGUUCGAAGGCGACGACGAAACGCAUUUCCGCAUAUGCGCUGCAAAAAUCGAUCUGGGUCUGGAAGGAUGCGGCUUGUCAUCCGAAGUAGUUCCGAUCUUCACAAAAAGCACAUGAUCUGUAUUGCACGAAUCCCAAAAGUUGCUGUCCGUUUAUUUCUUCUAGGCUUUUAAAGGCAGGCUGCUCUUGCUGGAGAGGCAUCAUGAACAAGAAGGUCUCGCAAAAUUUUUUGUGCAUUCCAGACGAGAUGACCAUGAUGUGCGUGGUCCGCGAAUUGCAAAGCAAAUUUUCCAUUUUUCCUGCUCCAGAUAUGUAUUUGCGCUCGAUAUCGCACGCUGUUCUGUCAAAUUCACUGCACCACGGAUGCAGAGGCGCGACAGGCACGGGAAAGCAGGGCGGGAGUGCUGGGCGGAGCCUCCAAUUAUUCGGGGAUCACCGACGAGGCGGAGGCGAGUAGCGAAGGUAGCAAACAAGACAAUAAAGUCUCCGCGACCACCAGCACCACCUUCGCACCUUCUGAGGAACCGUUCGAACACGAGCUGCAUACCGACCGAUAUCAAACAGAAAAUACGGCACAAGAAGAUUUUGUUGUUCUUUCCGAGAACAAUGUGUUGACGCCGGGAGUUGAUGAUAUAAUCAACGCCGUUCCGAGCCCGACGUGCGAGUCUUAUGGGGCGAUCGAUUCCUGGUAUAACGAAGGGAAGGAUUGUUUCUCCGAGCGGCUACCAACCCACGUGCUGAACGAAUUCAAGUCCUAUGAAAUGCAAAAGCUGCUCGGGGUGCCACCUGCUACAACAACCUAUGUCUACCCCUCAACUAGUACUUCUUCUAGUAGUACGACAAGCAGGCGGCUAGACCAUGGGGAGCAGGGGCGACAGUCAUCUUCAAAUGGAGAUGAUUCAUUUUCGACUUUAUCUCCAGCUUCUGCUUCAGGUACUAGUUCUUCCAACCCACAACAAGAACCCCGCAGGACCCGCAUGCCAGACUGCCACGGCAUUGGGCUGGUGCAGAAGGUGAAGUGCCCGACCUGGGAGACCGCCUUGCCGAACGUCUUGGCGACGUUUCCCUAUGUGGAGGUGAUGGUGGUCUACGCCUGCAUUCUGCUGUUCAUGGGCAUCCGUCGGGCGUCCUGCGUCGGGGAGUUUGUGACGGAGUUUUUCGGGGACCCCGUCGAUGACUUGCAGGCCGAGGUAGACGAACUGCGCCAGCGGCUGGAAAAACUGGAAGGGAAGAAAAAAAGCUCGGCGGAGGUGGAAGAAGGAGAACUGCAGAGGAACGGAAACUACUUCUACCCGACGGGAUUAGUAGAUCAACAGCAAAUCCAGAUGCAAGGCAGCACAAUAGUGGACGAGCAUGAUCCUGUUCUUGAGGAUCUUGCUGAGUCGGCCACGGUGAUGUCGCACGUUUCGGGCCGGGUGGUGCCUGCACGAUCUGCUUCGUUGGAGGAGCUAGUACACAGUGCAGGAGCAGCCCGAAGUAGAAGCCAGCUGAAUAUUUUUACCAGGAUCAAUUCCCAAGAAACGGUCGACAUAGACGGGUUCUUGCUAGAUGAAGAACAAGGAGAACGACCGCAACUCGAGCAGAUGAGUAGUACGAACAAGAAAGACCCCGGCACCAUUUGUUCAGUUGGCAGUGUAGAGAUGAACCGUUUCUAAAUUAAUAUAAUUCCUCGGUGGAGUACUUAGAUUCUUGUAGUGAAUGUGAAAUGAAGAAAAAAACUAUCCUGGUGGAAGAGACGUAAACGCCUCCUCUUCUUGCCGGGUGAGAAGUGGGUUUCUCGAAAAGAGAGACCACGACGGCACUCCUCAGGUGUCAUCAUUCAACUAGUCAUCUUGGUAGUACUAACAUAGAAAAACUGCUACAAAA